GCGCGGCGGACCAGCACGGUUGACCACAGUUUGUCCGUAGCCAUUUUGGCCCAAGGCCGUGGGGCACCCGACGACCGCGAGUCGUUCGCGGCGUUUCGAGCGCGAGGGUCUCCGCGCUGUGGGCCAAGUGAAGCAUCCUGUGCGCUCUCCUGUCCAGAGGCGUUUCGGCGCCACUCGCACUGCGCGGCAGGUGCCAUGCCGCGCUCGACCCCCGGCGGCGGAUGGGGUGGCAGCGGGCGCUGGACGCGCAGUGGCUGCCGCUGCUGGAACCAGGGCUGGCGCGGCAGGUGCUCGGGCCGCGGUGCAAGCGCGCCACCGCGGGCCAAGGGGACCGACCAGGCUCGCCGGCCCUCGCCGCCCAAGCCCAAGGCCCACGGAGGAUGCCGGGUGGAGCAGCCGCGGGGCCGCCGAAUCCGCUGCCAGGCGUGCGGGGCUGCCGGGGCCGCGUCCCAGGUCUCCUGCACCAGCGGCGCCAAGGCCAGCGCCGGGGCAGGCGCGGGGCAGGGCAGCCGUUCGCCAUCUAGCGGAGGAUCGAUCCACAGAGGUCGAGCGGCUCCACGCGUCCGUCGAGCAGCUGGAGGCGCUCCUGGCUGCGCCGCCAGAAGGGGGUCGAAGACUGCUUCACCGACGUGGUGGCCAACCAGCUGGAGGUCAAGCGCGCGGAGCUGGGCGAGGCCCGUCGAGCCGCCGAGGUCAGGUCAGCGGCGCUGCCCAGGGCGGCGCGCUUGUGCAAGGAGGCAUGGGCGGCGGGGCGGGCCGAGAGGAGGCUCAGCGCCGCCAGCGAGAGCCUGGAGGAGAA